AUGGGUAAUAAAUCAACCAAAAUCAGUCCACCAAAGACAUUCACAAUACAACAAUUUGACUCCUCAGAAGAAGAGGAGAUCCGUUUAAAACUUACAUUGGCAACUCCCCGAGGAAAAAGUAAGAAACGAGAAUACACUGUUUAUACCAAAGAAGAUGUUAAAUUAACAAGCGAGUAUGUCAACAUUGUUUAUUCACCCAGACUUAAAACAAAAAGAAAGAACCCACAAGUUCCAAAGCUUUUGUUAAGUCAACAACCCAAUUCAAUAAAAAAUGAGUCACUUUCUUCAAGAACAGCAACAACAAAACAGCAAAAGUCACCAAGGAUAAAAUACAAAUCACUCUUUGGUCCAUCACAAACUGUGAUCAAUCAUUUCACUCUUUCUCCUAGAAAACAAACGAAAGAAUCCAUUAAAAAUGAUUUAAUUCUCAAGAAUUCAUUAUGUUCUGAUAAUGAUUUGAUUGCUUGGAACAAGGAAUAUAACCUUGUCUUCGACUCAAGUUUCGACGAAGUCAGUUCAAGAAGUUUUAAUGCAAAAGUGGUUGGGAGGAGUAACAUUUUAGUUACUAUGACUACCAAAGAUGGGUUUUUUCUUGGAUUUUCACAAGAGGGUCUUAUCCCCCCUUCUUCUAAAUACGGAAACGUCAAAACAAAAACAAAUGUGUUGCGGGUGUACGGCUUUGGUCACACACUCCUUGACUUUGUUCAAAAAAACAAUCACAAAGACGAUGUUGGGCUUAUAGUGUACCCAAGUACUGUAGGUGGCUUUAUCUUUUCAUGUGACUCUGCUUUUUGGCUUUCAGACGGGAAGAUCUACAUCCACCAAUGCUUAAAGACGGCUUACAACGUGAGUCCAGAAUGUCGAAACCCACUUCUGAGCAUCCACUUCAAAAAGUUUUUGAUUCUGGACAAGCUUUAUGUAUGGGAAAAGGUUGUGUAA